UCCUGGGUGUCGUUAAUGUUCGGGGCCGCCGGGCGCCAACCGAUCGGAGCUCCAGCCGCCGGGAACAGCUGGCAUUUCAGUAGAACCAUGGAGGAACUGGUUCAUGAUCUUGUCUCAGCGUUGGAAGAGAGCUCAGAGCAAGCUCGAGGUGGAUUUGCUGAAACAGGAGACCAUUCUCGAAGUAUAUCCUGCCCUCUCAAACGCCAGGCAAGGAAAAGGAGAGGGAGAAAACGGAGGUCAUAUAAUGUUCAUCACCCAUGGGAGACUGGUCACUGCUUAAGUGAAGGCUCUGAUUCAAGUUUAGAAGAACCAAGCAAGGACUAUAGAGAGAAUCACAAUAAUAAUAAAAAGGAUCAUAGUGACUCUGAUGACCAAAUGUUAGUGGCAAAGCGCAGGCCGUCAUCAAACUUAAAUAAUAAUGUUCGAGGGAAAAGACCUCUAUGGCAUGAGUCUGAUUUUGCUGUGGACAACCUUGGAAACAGAACUUUACGCAGGAGGAGAAAGGUAAAACGCAUGGCAGUAGAUGUUCCGCAGGACAUCUCCAACAAACGGACAAUGACCCAGCUGCCCGAAGGUUGUAGAGAUCAGGACAUGGACAAUGACAGAGCUUACCAAUGUCAAGAAUUUACUAAGAAUAAAAUCAAAAAGAGGAAAUUGAAAAUAAUUAGACAAGGACCAAAAAUCCAAGAUGAAGGAGUAGUUUUAGAUAGUGAGGAAAUAAGCCAGACCAGUAAGGACAAAAUGGAAUAUGAAGAGCAAAAAGUCUCAGAUGAGCUCAUGAGUGAAAGUGAUUCCAGCAGUCUCAGCAGCACUGAUGCUGGUUUGUUUACCAAUGAUGAGGGAAGACAAGGUGAUGAUGAGCAGAGUGACUGGUUCUACGAAAAGGAAUCAGGUGGAGCAUGUGGUAUCACCGGAGUCAUUCCCUGGUGGGAAAAAGAAGAUCCUACUGAACUAGACAAAAAUUUACCAGAUCCUGUCUUUGAAAGAAUCUUAACUGGUUCUUUCCCUCUUAUGUCGCAUCCGGGCAGAAGAGGUUUCCAAGCUAGACUCAGUCGCCUUCAUGGAAUGCCUUCAAAGAAUAUUAAAAAAUCUGGAGGGACUCCAACUUCAAUGGUGCCCACUCCUGGCCCAGUCAGUAACAAGAGGAUGGUUCACUUUUCCCCAGAUUCUCAUCACCAUGACCAUUGGUUUAGCCCUGGGGCUAGGACAGAGCAUGGCCAGCAUCAGCUUCUGAGAGAUAACCGAGCAGAAAGAGGACACAAGAAAAAUUGUUCUGUGAAAACAGCCAACAGGCAAACAAGCAUGCAUUUAGGAUCCUUAUGCACGGGAGAUAUCAAACGGAGAAGAAAAGCUGCACCUUUGCCUGGACCUACGACAGCAGGAUUUGUAGGUGAAAACGCCCAGCCAAUCCUAGAAAACAACAUUGGGAACCGAAUGCUUCAGAAUAUGGGCUGGACACCUGGGUCAGGCCUUGGACGCGACGGCAAGGGGAUCUCUGAGCCAGUUCAAGCCAUGCAGAGGCCAAAAGGAUUAGGACUCGGAUAUCCCCUACCAAAAAGCCCUCCUACAACUACUCCCUCCAAACCAGGAAAACUCACCUAA